AUGAUCGAGAAGACCUUGGUGGAAGAUUUCUUGCUGGAGCUGCAGGACUUACGGGGGCCUGUGCUGCAACGUUUCGACAGCCUGGCCGUCACCGGGGACCUGGAGGAGCCUUACAUGGACAAGCUGACGCUGUGGGUCGUCAACGACAACGGUGGGACCGAUGACACCAAUGGAGAGACGCAGCUGCUGCCUCUUAUCCAACAUUUCUAUCAAUGA